AUGAAAGGCGCAGCCCUGUGCUCUUGGGCCGCUCUGCUGCUCCUCAGCCUGCGGGGGCCAACAGGCGGGCACCCGCUGUCCAGGAAAUACACCAGCCAGGAGCUCCAGUCCCUGCAGGACCUCCUUGAACUGCUGAAGGAGAAAAUUCAGGGGGAGGAAGGGGGGCCGCUGGAGCUGGAGAGUCUGGACUACGGGGCGGAAGACGACGACCCUAGCUGGGACCUUGCUGAGCCGGACAGCAGCCCCGCUACCCAGCUCCAGCCCCGGGAUCCCGUGGAGAGUCAGUGGAGGAACCUCCUUGCUUCUCCCAGGAGGAUGAGGCACUUCUCUGGGUGUUUUGGGACCAGGAUCGAGAGGAUCGGCUCUCAGACAGGACUUGGGUGCAACAUCUUCAAAGCCCGUUCCUGGAAGAGGAGAUCGAGAAGCUGA